AUGCUGCCGACCGCACUCGGCGGUCCGGCUCUACCGACUGCUGAGGCUAUGUCCGGACCGGCUGUGGCUGCCGUCACCGAGUUCUGCUGCGACGACUCGCUGGUGGCGCUCUUUGCGUGGCUCGGGAGCGACGGCUCGUAUGCCUUUGGCCUCACGCCCGCGACGGCACUCGCGCCGGAUCGGGCGUCCGACUCGGGCACGCUUGUUGUGGUCAAGACCUCGCCGCUGCGCGAGGACGCAUCGCCGGGCACGCAACUGCUGACCUGUCUCCUCCCCGCGCCGGCAACGAGCGGGCCAAGCGCAGCCGCGGCGACGCUGGCGUCGUUCCUCGAUGCGACGUUCGACCCGCACCUUACAUCGUAUCUGCGGUCGCCGUCGGGAAGUGGCGGAAACCGGGCGGGGCGUGGGCGAGGCGCUGGCGACAAUACUUCGGGCGCGGCGACAGCACUCACCACGCUCAAGCUCUCGCUCUCGCACCUCUCGCAGGAGCUCCAGAUUCCACAGCCGCACCUCCCACCUCACCCUCAGAUUGCGGCAACACUUGCCAAGUGCAUGUCGACAGGCAAGCGGAUGGAAGUGACCGACCUCGGAUCGCUCGCAAAGUCGGGCGAGUUUCUGGACGAGCUGCAGGAGACGGCGCAGAGCUGGAUCACCGAGAUCCAAAAGGUCACGCUCCUCACUCGCGACUCGUGGAGCGGGACGACACUGCAGGAAAUCAACUUUUGGCUCGCCAAGGAGGCGGCAUGCCUGGCUCUCGCCGACACGCUCGCCACGCCGCCGAUCGUCAUGACGCUCGAGACGCUCAAGUACGCCAAGCGCUACUCGGUCACCGUCUCGUUCGAGUCGGAAACCAAGCUCCAGGCCGCGUUCUCUGAAGUCAACUCGAACAACUUGCUCAUGAAAGAGUUCCCGCUCAACGCGCUCCUCGGCGCCACCUCGCUCUCCAACGUUGCCGACGCGCUGCAGCUCAUCUUUGCCCACCUCAAAAAGGUGCGCAACACCGCGUAUCCGCUUCUCCGCGCCCUCCAUCUCGCCGAGGCGCUCUCGCGCGACCUCAACGCGCAGAUGCUUGACAUUCUUCACGCUCGCUCGCUUAUGCUCCUGCCAUAUGACGAGUUUGCGGCGCUUAUGCGCGACGCCACGGCGGUCUUUGCCGAGUGGGACGACCUUGUCACCGAAUACAAGGAUCUCAUCCGCGAAGUCGCGCGCAUUCGCCGCAAUCCUGAGGAGCAGCGGCUGCCCAUCCGGGUCACCAAAGAGCAUGCUGCGCUCGAGGCCCGCGUCGCGGCGCUCUCUGUUUUUCGCGCAGAGCACAACGAGCUUCGCACCGCCGUCCGCACCGUCACCCCGGCCGUGGCACCGGUCGAGACUGCAGUCGACCUCGCGUCGUCACUCACAGACGCCUUUGACGACGCCCGCGCUCUCAUGCGCCCUCUUGACCUCUCGCCCGACGGCGACGUCUCGCUGGAGGAGGCGCUUGGCGUCUACGAGGCCGGCGUUGCCCGGGUUGAGGCCACGCUCCUCUCGCACCUCGCUGCCGCGCUCACCGCGGCCUCGUCGUCGACUGCGAUGUUUCGGUACUAUGCCAAGUUUGAGCGCCUCGCAGCCCUUCGUCCAAGCAUCGCGCAACUCCUCAACUCACACGCACUCGCGUUCCAGGCCGCGGUAGCCCGCGAUGUUGCGACCCUCGCCGCAGCUACCACCGCCUCGCCGUACGAGGCCAUUGACGAUGCCCGCGCCUGCGCCACCCUCUGCCACAUUCCGCCGCUCUCCGGAACCGUCCUUCACGCUUGCCAGGCCGCUACCGCCGCCACUACCGCCCGUUCGCGGCUGUCUACAGUGCUCGGCCCCGAAUGGGCGGAUGCGUCGGACCAGGGCGCCGAGCUGGGAGCUGCGCUCGACGCGCUUGACGCCGCGCUCGACACCGAGCCGCUUGUCUCGGCGUGGGUCGCCGCCACCCUUAGCGCCGGCUUUGCCACCUCGGGCCGAGUCCUCGACGUCUCGCUCUCGCCGUCGCCAACGCUGCGUGUCACCUUUGACGCUUCGCACACCACCUUUCUCGCCGAGUACGAUUUUCUCACCUCGGUCCUUGGUCUCGCGCUGCCUGAGGAGCUUGCAUCGGGCGCGCGCGCUAUCCGCCGGGUCCACACCUACGCAGCCUCGCUUGCUACCACCCUCGCCGACUAUGCCGCGGCCUCGGCCGCGCUCGACGAGCACCUUGCCCCGCUGGUUGCUCUACCGCGCCUCGCUGUCCACGCCGUCCUCGCCGGCGCGCUCAACCUCAAGUGGGAGGCCGGCGCAACGCGGCUUGCCGUCUUUGCCGCCGACCUCAGCGCUGCUGUCACAGACUUUCAAGAUGCGGCCAACGAGCUCACCACAGCCUACCGCCAGGAGCUUCUGCCGGCGCUGGAGUCGCUUGCGGUCGUCCCACUUACGUGGCCGGCCAUGCUGCAAGUCGUCGAGACCAUGCAAUCUGUCGUGGACAGCCUGCUCGCCUCGGAGGCUCGGUUCCGCAACCUCCACGGCUUUGUCGACUGGCUCAACAGCCGCAUUGUCGCCGGCGUAGCUUCUCGGGUCGCUGACGCACUGGCGGUGUGGACAGUGGCGGCGGCGGCCUCGUCUGUGCGCGGCAGCAACUCGUUUGCCGCUGUCGCCGCGGCGUCCGGCGUCUCACUGGCUGACGUCGCCGCCGUCGCCUCGGGCCUUUCCGAUGCGGCUUCGCUCAGCGCUGGCUUUGAUGGCGUUGUCAGCUUUGACACUGCGUUUGCCAGCUCGGACGCGACCCAGGCACCUGCUACCUUUGGCUCCGUCCACGCUGUGCUUCAGAAUCCGCGCGAGCCGCAUCCGGUCCCGUCGCUCACCUCUCUCCGGACCACGCUCACCACCACACUCAACACGUUCCUGACCCACUUUAACUCGUUGCCGGCGCUCGCUGUCAACGGCGCAUCGGAUGACAAUAUCCUCUCAGGCGUCCUCGCCGCGGUUCCGCCUGCACGAGUCCGCCAGGCCUACGCUGUCAUCAACGACGCGCUUGCCUUGCUCCGCGACGCCCGCCACGCCUUUGCCCCAUACGCCGCGCUCUGGGAGGUCUCCAUUCCGGAACUCACCGAGAAGCUCGGCGCCAACUACGGUGCGUGGCGCAAGGUGCUCGCAAACGUGGCGGCUGAUGCCGCUACGCUGAAGGCGCUGCCGCCGACAACCUCGUUUGGCGUCAUCACCCUCGACGCGUCGGGUCUCAAGUCGAAGAUUGCCGCCAAGUACACCGACACGCUUCGCGAGCUCGGCGCCAACUGCGUCGCCAACCUCUCUGCUGACCAGAACGCGUUCGUCGAGAGCCUUGCCGCCGACCGGGCAACACUCGAGGCCGGCGAUUUCGAGGCCUCCGACACCCAGGCCGUCCUCGACUUUGUUCUCACCCUUCACACCCUCCGGCGAUCGGUCCGUGUGCGGGCGGCGACGCUUGCCUCACUCAACGCUACCAGCACUGCUCUCGCCGAGCUGCCGGGCCUCGAGGCUGCACUUGCCACCACCUCUCCCACCGAGGCGCUGGAGGGCGAGUUCUCGGCCUUUUCGCAGCUUCUCAGCCGGCGCGCCACGGCGCUCGCCGACGCCACGCCGACGCUUCGCCGGGCGGUCAACAGCCUCACUGCGACCUAUGCAUCCGCGCUUGGUGCGCUCACGGCCGAAUGGGCCGAGUCGGCGCCACUGCCGACUGCCGCUCCUGCCGCCGCGCUUGUCACACUGGACACUUUUGCCCAGCGGGUGGGAAGUCUUGUUCAGGCCUACGCCGCGCUCAAUGCAGGGCGCGAUGCACUGGACAUGCCGCCGGCGACCGAGCCGCCGGCCCUGGCCGCCAUGGCCGCCGAGCUCGCCGAGCAGCGCUCAGUCUGGGGCGCACUCCGCGAUGUGUGGGCUGCGCUUGACGAGGCGCGCGAACAGGUCUUUGCUUCUGUCCAGCCGCGCAAGCUCCGCAAGACGCUCGACGAACUCGGCGCCGCGCUCACCGCCAUGCCGCCCAAGGUCAAGGCAUUCAAGCCGUGGGGCGCUACCCACGCUGGCGUCCUCCGCUACACGGCCGCCAUGCCACUCAUCGACGCGCUCUGCUCCGACGCACUUCUCGACCGCCACUGGCGGCAGCUCGCCGCCGAGCUCGGCGAGCCGGCGGCCAAGUGGCCGCGCUCCAGCCGCAAGCUUACUCUCGGCCACGUGUGGGGCGUCGACUUGCUUGCCCACGAAAAGACCGUCCGCGCGCUGCUCACAAUUGCUCAGGGCGAGCGUGGUCUCGCCGAGUUUCUGCGCGAAGUUAAGGAGACCUGGUCCGAGUACGUCUUUGACAUGGUGGCCUACCAAGGCGGGAAGACCCGGCUCAUCCGCGGGUGGGACGAUCUCUUUGCCAAGAUGAUGGAGCACCUGAGCUCGCUCUCGUCUAUGCGUGCAUCGCCGUACUUUAAGGUCUUUGCCGACGAGGCCUCGCUGUGGGAGGACCGACUCUACACCCAUCGUGAGACGCUUGAUGCCUGGCUCGACGUCCAGCGUCGCUGGGUCUACCUCGAAGGCAUCUUUACCGGCUCGGCCGACAUUCGUGUCCUCCUUCCCAAGGAGGCUGCCAAGUUCAAGACCAUCAACAGUGAGUUCCUCUCGCUCAUGAAGCGGACCGCCAAGAACCCGGAUUUCCUGGAUGUGCUCGGCAACGACGAGCUCGCGCCGCUUCUUGAUCGUCUCGGCUCGCUACUUACUGCCGUCCAAAAGGCGCUUGGCGAGUACCUCGAGCGCCAGCGUGCGUCGUUUCCGCGCUUCUACUUUGUGGGCGACGAGGACUUGCUCGAGAUCAUCGGCAACUCGGACGACCUGAGCAAGAUCGUCAAGCACCUCAAGAAAAUGUUUGCCGGCAUCGCGUCGCUGGAGACAGAGCCCGGUUCCGAUACCCUUCUCACUGCCAUGGUCUCGUCGUCGGGCGAGGUUGUGCCCUUUGCACACCCGCUUGAGACCACCGCCCACGCCCGCAUCAACGACUGGCUCCGCGCGCUCGAGACCGAGAUGAAGGAAACGCUGGCGCUUGCACUGCAAGACGCCGUCGCCGAGCUGCCAGCCGCCAUGGCAGCUGUUGGUGCGGAAGGUACAAAAGCUGACAGCGACAACCUGUACUUUGCCUGGGUGACUGCCUACCCGGACCAGAUCCUUACCCUCGCGGCGCAAGUCUACUUUACCACCACCGUCGAGGCCAACCUGAUGAGCGGCGCGGCGCCGAACACAGGCAUCGGCGACGACAUCCAGAAGCUACUGGGCUACCUGGCAGCAUCAGUCCUCGAUCCACACCCGGUCAACACCCGCAAGAAGUUUGAGCACCUCAUUACCGAGCUGGUCCACCAGCGCGACAUGCUGCGGACGCUGGGCGCCGAGCCGGCGCUCACCAGCGGAUCUGGCUACGACCGCGAGAGCCUCCCGUUUGCCUGGCUCAACACCAUGCGCUUCUACCUCUCAAGCGACGAGGCCACACCGGUGACUAGCAGCUUCACUGUCGCCAUGGCCAACGCCGAGUUUGUGUACGGCUUUGAGUACCUCGGAGUCCAGUCCAAGCUCGUCACCACUCCGCUCACUGACCGAUGCUACCUCACGCUCACUCAGGCGCUUGACCAGCGACUCGGCGGCGCGCCGUUUGGCCCCGCCGGAACCGGCAAGACCGAGUCUGUCAAGGCGCUCGGCGCCCAGCUCGGCCGCUUUGUGCUUGUCUUUUGCUGCGACGAGAACUUUGAUGUCCAGGCCAUGGGCCGAAUCUUUGUGGGCCUCUGCCAGGUCGGCGCCUGGGGUUGCUUUGACGAAUUUAACCGGCUCGCCGAACGCAUGCUCUCGGCCGUCUCGCAGCAGAUCCAGACCAUCCAGCUGACGCUGCAAGCCGGCGCAGAGCGGGUGCAGCUCCUCGGCUCGUCGGUUCCGCUCUCGCAAGACGUUGGCAUUUUCAUCACCAUGAAUCCGGGCUACGCUGGGCGGUCCAACCUGCCGGACAACCUCAAGCAGCUCUUCCGCCCUAUGGCCAUGACCGUGCCGGACAAGGAGCUCAUCGGGCAGGUCAUGCUCUUCUCGCAGGGCUUUGCCACUGCCGAGCGACUCGCCGGCAAGGUGGUGCCGCUUUUCAAGCUCUGCCACGAGCAACUCUCGGAGCAGUCGCACUACGACUUUGGCCUUCGCUCACUCAAGUCUGUCCUUGUCUCGGCAGGCAACAUCAAGCGCCAGCGGCUCAUUGCCGGCGGCGACAACGGGCCCGGCUUGGACGCCACCAAGUUUGAGCAGGACGUGUUGCUGCAAUCUAUUUGCGAGACGCUUAUCCCCAAGCUCGUAGCACCCGACAUUCCGCUCCUUCACUCGCUGCUCUCGGACGUGUUCCCAGCGGCUGCGCUGCCGGAACCGGACCGUGCUGCCCUUGUGGCUGCCAUCACCUCUGCCGCCGACGCGUCACACUACGUACUCUCGGACGCAGCUCUGAAUCCAGAAGUGAGCGCUUCCGGCGGCGGAACGUGGCUCGACAAGAUUCUUCAGCUCCACUCGAUCCUCAAUCUCAAUCACGGCGUGAUGCUUGUCGGUCCGGCCGGCUCGGGCAAGUCGUCGGCGUGGCGGACGCUGCUCGCCGCGUACGAGAUUCUGGAGCCGGAAACCUCAUGCCACGCGUACGUCAUCGACCCCAAAGCCAUCCACAAGGACGAUUUGUACGGCUCGCUGGACCCGACGACCCGUGAGUGGCGCGACGGCCUGCUCACUCACACGCUGCGCGCAAUCAUCAGUUCAACGGCGUCGGCGGCGGCGGCGGCCAAGGAGGCGGCAGCCGAAGCUGCGGCUGGCAACGAUGAUGACAGUGUGGCAAGCGGCGACGACAAAGGUGAGCCUGCGAGUGGCACCCUUGGUCGGUCGGCACGGCACUGGAUCAUUUUCGACGGCGAUGUCGAUCCGGAGUGGGUGGAGAACAUGAACUCGCUGCUCGACGACAACAAGCUGCUCACGCUGCCCAACGGCGAGCGGCUGGCACUUCCGUCGAACACCCGUAUCAUGUUUGAGGUACAGGACCUCGAGCACGCUACACUUGCCACGGUCUCGCGGACAGGCAUGGUCUGGUUCUCGGCAUCAACACUCUCGCUCCCGAUGGUCUCUGCGCACUACCUCUCGUCGCUCCGGUCGCAGCUUGUCACCUCGCACCACGACCUUAAGGCGACGCCAGCAGCGAUGGCGCUGCAGGCAGCAGCAGCCGAGGUGUUUGGGCCGCUGCUGGCGAACUUGCUCCCUGCGGCCCUUGAUCACGCCGAGGAGUACAGCCAUGUCAUGGACUACACGCGGUUCCGUGUGCUCUCGGCAUUCUUUUCGCUCCUGGACGCGGGUGUAGCGACAGUAGUCGCGGCGCAGGCCAAGUCACCCGACUUUGCGCUGCCUGCAGCACGCGUGGCGAGCUACCUGCGGUGCAAGUUCCUCUACGCGCUGGUGUGGGCGCUGUCGGGCUCGGCGCCGAUUUCGGACCGCGUUGCAUUCUCGCACUGGCUCGCAAAGCACUGCGCAGCGCAGCGCGAGCUCGAUCUUGUCUUUCCGCCCGACGCGGCGCCAAUCAUCGACUACGAGGCAGCGUUCUCUGUGCGCGGUGGCGAGGCAUGGACGCCGUGGACCUCGCACGUCCCACGCGUUGACGUCGCACCGUCGGCCAUCGGCAAGACCGUCAUUCAGACGGUCGACACGACUCGUCACGUCGACGUACUGUUUGCGUGGAUGGCGCAGCACAAGCCGUUGCUGCUGUGUGGGCCACCGGGCUCGGGUAAGACGAUGACGCUCUUCUCGACGCUCCGUAAGGCGUCCAACUAUGAGGUUUGUCCGAUCAACUUUUCGGCGGCGACCUCACCUGAGCUCGUUCUCUCGACGCUCCACCAAAAGUGCACGGUGACGCGGACCGCAGGAGGGCUUGUGCUCGCGCCGACGGCUCCAGACAAGUGGAUUGUGGUCUUUUGCGACGAGAUCAACCUCCCGACGCCAGACGCGUAUGGGACGCAGGCGGUCAUCACCUUUUUGCGUCAGCUUGUGGAGCACAACGGGUAUUGGCGAACGUCGGACAUGGCGUGGAUUUCGCUGGCGCGGAUUCAGUUUGUGGGUGCGUGCAACCCGCCAACAGACCCGGGCCGGACGCCGCUAACCCACCGGUUCCUGCGGCACGCGCCGCUGGUUCUCUGCGACUACCCGGCGUACGACUCGCUGGUCCAGAUCUAUGGCACCUUUGCGCGGGCGCUGCUCAAGCCACACCCUGCGCUCGCUCCUCACUGGGAGCCGCUCACUCACUGUAUGGUCGAGUUCUACACGCUCUCACAGGCCAAGUUUACGCCUGACGCACAGCAACACUACAUCUACUCACCGCGCGAGCUCACGCGCUGGGUCCGCGGCCUUCACGACGCUCUGCUUGCCGCGCCGAGGUCGCCGACGCUCGGCGACGCUCUUCGCAUCUGGGCACACGAAGGCCUGCGACUGUUCCAGGACCGGCUCGUCUCGCCGGACGAGGCUCAGUGGACCGACACCACGCUCGACGCGGUGGCGGCCAAGCACAUGGGCAGCAUCAUGGACGAGGAGGCGCUGGCGUUGUCGCUUGCGCGGCCGAUCCUGUUCUCGUCGUGGCUCUCGAAGCACUACGAGAGUGUGGAGCGGGCCGAACUUCGGGCGUUUGUCAAUGCCAAGCUCCGGGUCUUUUGCGAGGAGGAGCUCGACGUGCGGCUGGUGCUCUUUGACGAGGUGCUGGACCACAUUCUUCGCAUUGAUCGCGUCUUCCACCAGAAGCAAGGUCACUUGCUGCUGAUCGGGCAGUCUGGCGCCGGCAAGACGGUGCUGUCACGGUUUGUGGCCUGGAUGAACGGUCUCUCUGUCUUUACCAUUCGCGGCUCGAACGCGUACUCGGGCGACGACUUUGACGAGGACUUGCGAACGGUGCUGAGCCGGGCGGGUGCAAACUGCGAGAAGAUUUGCUUCAUCUUUGACGAGUCGAACAUCAAGGACACGGGCUUCCUCGAGCGGAUGAACACGCUGCUGGCCAACGGCGAGAUCCCAGGCCUGUUUGAAGGCGAGGACUGGAACGCGCUGAUGACCCAGACCAAGGACGCGGCGCUGGCGGCCGGUGACCUCAUCGAGUCAGACGACGAGGCCUACGAAUGGUUCACCAACCAGAUCAUCGACAACUUGCAUGUGGUGUUUACGAUGAACCCUGCGGGCGGCGGGUUUGAGAACCGGUCGUCGACCUCGCCGGCGCUGUUCAACCGGUGCGUUCUCGACUGGUUCGGCGACUGGUCGAGGUCUGCGCUGCAGGUGGUGGCGGAGGAGUUCCUUGCGCCGCUGGAGAGCGUGCUGACGCUGGUCGACGACGACGAGGGUGGUGAGGGCGCGCUGGCAGCUGUUGCUUCGACGCUUGUUUCGGUCCAUGCGACGGCGACGGUGGCGGCCAACACGCUUGCUGCCACGCCGCAUGCCACGCACACCCACAUCACGCCGCGGCACUUUCUGGACGCUAUCCAGCACUACACCGCCCUGCACAGCGAGCGGCACUCGAGCCUCACCGAGCAGCAGGAGCACCUCACCAACGGGCUUGACAAGCUUAUCCAGACCGAGUCUUCGAUCCGUGAGUUGCAGUCGACGCUGGCGACAACCAAGUUGACGCUCGCGGAGAAGAAUGAGCUUGCCGAGGCCAAGCUGAAGCAGAUGGUGGUAGACCAACAGGAGGCGGAGCUGAAGAAGGCCGACUCGGAGAUAAUUGCGGCGCAGGUUGCUGAGAAGCUUGUCGAGGUGGAAGCACAGCGCAAGGUGGCGCUCGCGGACCUGAACGCAGCAGAGCCGAUGGUGCGGUCGGCCGAGGCCGCGGUGAAGGGCAUCAAGAAGCGGCAUCUCGACGAAGUCCGCGCGCUGGCCAACCCGCCAUCAAAGAUCAAGAAGACAAUGGAGGCCGUGGCGUCGCUCCUCGGCGCGACGGACCUGUCGUGGAAGGCGAUCAAGAAGCUGAUGGCCGGGCGGACGUUUAUCCCGGACAUCAUCUCGUUUGACGCCGAGACGAUUGCGCCGCCGCUGCGGGCCAAGCUGAUGGGCAAGUACCUGGAGGACCCCGAGUUUGUGCCGGAGGUUAUCAACAAGGCGUCGCAAGCGUGCGGCCCGCUGUGCAAGUGGUUCCGGGCCAUUGUGCAGUACUCGGAUAUUCUGCACCGCGUGGAGCCGCUUCGGGCGGAGCUGGCCAAGUACGAGGCCGAGGCCGAGGCGAUGCUUGCCAAGCAGGCUACGCUGGAUGCGACAAUUUCGACGCUGGAAGCGUCGAUUGCGCAGUACAAGGACGAGUACUCGGCGCUCAUUGCCGAGACGCAGAUGAUUGCGGCACAGUUGGAGGAGACAGCGACCAAGGUGGAGCGAUCGACGCGACUGCUGGCCUCGCUCUCGACCGAAAAGGUGCGGUGGUCUGAGGAGGCAGCGGCGUUUGACGCACAGCUGGCAUCUGUGACGGGCGACAUUCUGCUGGCAGCGUCGAUGCUGGCGUAUGGCGGAGUGUUUGACGCCUCGUUCCGGGCGGCACUGGUGACGGCGUGGUCGUCGGCGCUGCAGAGUGCACGGAUUCCGUUUGACGCCAGCCUCGACCUCAACGCGCUGCUGGCGACGCCGGCGGAGGAGCUGGCCUGGCAAGAGCUCGGCCUACCUGUCGACUCGCUCUGCACGCUCAACGCGAUCAUGCUCAACAAGUACAACCGGUACCCACUCAUUAUCGAUCCUGCUGGACAGGGCAUUGAGUUUGUGUGCGCGGCAAACGCGUCGUCGCGGAUGGUCAAGUCGUCGUUCCUCGAUCCCAACUUUCUCAAGCACCUCGAGGCAGCGCUGCGGUUUGGAACGCCGCUGCUGCUGCAGGAUGUGGAGGCGUACGAUCCGGUCAUCAAUCCCGUGCUCAACCGCGAGCUGCGUCGGGUCGGCGGGCGUGUGCUUAUCCAGCUUGGCGACCAGGACAUUGACUACUCUCCGGCGUUUUCGCUCUUCCUUGCGACGCGCGACCCUUCGUUCAACUUUGCGCCCGACCUCUGUUCGCGGGUCACGUUUGUCAACUUUACGGUGACGCCGGCGUCACUCUCGUCGCAGUGCCUCUCGCGGCUUCUCAAGUCUGAGCGGCCAGACAUCGACGCCAAGCGUGCCGAGCUGCUCAAGGUCCAAGGCGAGUUCCGAGUCAAGCUGCGGGCGAUGGAGGCGCAACUGCUGAAGACUCUGUCGUCGGCCGAGGGCUCGCUUCUGGACAACGACGCGGUGGUGACCUCACUCGAGUCGCUCAAGGCCGAUGCGGCGGACAUUGCGUCCAAGGCAGCGGACGCGGACGUGGUCAUGGCCGAGGUUGCGGCUGUGGAAGAGACGUACUCGCCGAUGGCGUCGGCGUCUGCAGCCAUUUUCUUCUGCUUGCAGCGGUUGGCAGCCCUUGCGCCGCUGUACCAGUACUCGCUCGCGUUCUUCCUCACCGCGUUUGACUACGUUCUUGCUGUUCCGCUGGAUGCGAGCGAGGCUACGGCACGGCUGGACGCACGACUGGGUGCUCUGUUUGACACGCUGUACAGCCGGGUUGAGGCCGGCUUGCUCAAUGACCACAAGUUGGUCCUCGCGUUUGAGUUCGCCAAGCUCCGGCUCAACGCCGCGGGUACGCCGCUGCCUGCGGACGCGCUUGCGGCGUUUGAGAGUCCUGCGACGAGUCUAGCGGAUCUUGCAUCGCUCGAGUGGUAUGCACCGACGCUGCCGGCGCUGCUGUCAAGUGGGGCGCUGACUGACCUGUCUGUGCCUGCCGAGCGGCAGCUGCCGAGCUCGAUGCUUACCGCGAGCGGGAGUGGACUAGGCGGUGCGCGGGCAGCGUUUCUGCAUCUUGUGGCGAUCAAGGUGGCGCGACCGGACCGCCUGCUCGCGGCGCUGCGGCUGUUUGUGGCUGCGGUGUUUGGCGCGGCCUUUCUCGAGCCCGGUGCGCUUGAGCUCGGUCAGGUGGUGGAGAGCCAGGUGGGGCCGGCGAAUCCGCUGCUUCUUGUCUCGCGGCCCGGACACGACGCGUCGGGCAAGGUGGAUGAUCUUGUGGCGGCUGCUGGCGUCUCGUGCGCGUCGAUUGCGAUUGGGUCACCGGAGGGCUUUGCGGCAGCCGAGGCUGCCGUGGCAGCAGCGGCACGUUCGGGCACAUGGGUCCUGCUUAAGAACGUGCACCUUGCGCCCAACUGGCUUGUUCAGCUGGAGAAAAAGAUUCAUGCGCUGGAGGCCAAGGCCUCGUUCCGUGUCUUUAUGACCGGCGAGGUGUCGGAUAAUUUGCCGGCCAACUUGUUGCGGAUCUCACGGGUCUUUGUCUUUGAGCCACCGCCCGGAAUCAAGGCUAAUUUGACGCGGUCGUUGGCGUCGAUCGACGUGGAGCGGUUUGAUGGGGCGAGUCCUUCGCGGGCCAAGCUGUACUUUCUGGUAGCAUGGCUUCACGCGCUCCUUCAGGAGCGGCUGGCCUACCUCCCGCUUGGCUUUGCACAGUCGUACGAGUUCAACGACGCCGACAUGCGGUCUGCGCUGGCAUCUGUCGACUACUGGGUGGGCGAGCGCGGCGAGGGCGAGAUUCCUUGGGCGGCGCUCUCGACGCUGCUGGCGGUGUGUGUGUACGGCGGACGGAUCGACAACGAGUUUGACGGGCGGCUGCUGGGCGCGUUUGUGGAGACGCUGCUCACGCCGCAGCUUCUGGGUGGCGGGUGGCUCAUCACGCCGGGCUCGCCCGGGCUCGAGGCCGGGCUCGCGUUUCCGGCGAAUGCCAGUGUCAAGGCGCACUUCACGGCGUUUGUCCGCGAGCUUCCUGACUCGCAGACACCUGCCUGGCUGGGGCUGCCGGCCAACGCCGAGAAUGUGGUACUUGCUGCCAAGGGCGAGGCGUUGGUGGCGGCGGCGCGCAAGCUGGUGGCAGUCGCGGACGACGACCUUGUGCUAACAGCUGCUGAGGACGAUAGCGGAAGCGCUGGUGCUCCAGCGUGGAUGCGCGAGCUUGGCAGCGCGGCUGAGCGGUGGCGGACAGGCUUGGCGGACGUAACGCCGCCGCUCAAGCCGAUGGCGUUGGAUCAGGAGGCGAUGCUCAACCCGCUGUACCGGUGCCUGGAGCGUGAGGUCUCGCGUGCGCUGGAGCUGAAGGCGACAGUCAUGGGUGACCUGCAGUCUGUGGCACGCUACUGCGUGGGCGAGGUCAAGGUGACCAACUACCUCCGCGGUCUGGUGGACGACCUGUCAACAGGGGUGGUGCCGGGCUCGUGGCGGGCGUACCCGAUUCCUCCAGACACGUCUGUGGCGGCGUUUGUGGCCAACUUGGGCGAACGACUGAGCGAGCUCGGGCGUGUAGCGCACGAUCCGGCUGCCGAGUGCGGCAAGACGGGGCUCAGGCUUGGCCGGCUCUUUUCACCCGAGGCGUACAUCACGGCGUCGCGGCAGUACGCGGCGCAGUCACGCGGAUGGCCGCUGGAGGAGCUCGUGCUUGCGGUGGCGCCCGGAUCGGCGGCGCGGCUUGACGACCAGUCGUUUGCCAUGCUAGACCUUGCAGCAGACAACGCGCAUUGGCCGGUUGCGACUUCGGGCCUGGAGCUCUCGUCCUCGCCGCGCAACGCGCUCCCGACCAUGAUCUUCAGCUGGAAGCACCGCGAGUCGGUGGAGGCCCCGGCGGCAGCGGCUGUCAUCAUCGCCCCGCUCUACCUUGACGCGUCGCGGCGGCAGCUCCUCCUUGAGCUUCAGCUGGCCAAGCCAGUGGAUACGCCAAGCGCCGAGUACUACCAGGCCGGCGUGGCAAUCCUUGCUAGCGAUCUGUGA